AUGGAUCUUGGCCAUACUUAUGCAGCAAAAUGGCUAUGGAAUCGUUUAAUUACCGGGCCUCGCUACAAUCUUUCCUCCCGACAUCAAAUAUCAAUAGCUAAAGAAAGCUAUUUUUGUCCUUCCUUGGGAUGUCCAUUCUUCCGUACAUUAUCAAACAUGCGCAAGUGUGUAGUCCGUACCCGUGCAGAAUUUGAAAAACGUUUAAAAAGCGAACAGUUUGAACAAAAAGAGGAAUUGAAAGGAAGAAGGAAACAAAUUAAAGAAAAUUUAAUUUUAUUUAUUUUAAUACCGAUAAUACUUUCGUUCCUUUCUGUGAUCUCGUUUGGGACUAUUUUCUUCCUUCAGGGUCUGAAAUCGACAAAAGGAAGAUUUGAGAUUAUGCCUGGCGUUUGA